AUGACUGCAUUUCACUCACUGCCUCUGUUUGUAUCUCUGUCACUGCAGGACCAACAUGGAGCGAGAAGUCAGCGCUCUCAGGAGGCCGACAAACCUCACAGAAGAAAGGGAGAGAAAAAAUACAGCUGUGAUGAGUGUGGGAAGAAUUUUACCCAUCUUGGAAACUUUAAAGCACACCAACUCGUCCACAGUGGAGAUAAACCGUACAGAUGUGACUUGUGUGGGAAGAAUUUUACCCAGAAAGGACACCUAAAAUCACACCAAGUCAUUCACAGUGGAGUUAAACCAUACAGCUGUGAGUUGUGUGGAAAGUCUUAUACCCAUCCUGGAAGGUUAAAAACACACAAACUCAUCCACAGUGAAGAGAAAGCGUACAGCUGUGAGUUGUGUGGUAAAGCUUUUACUUGCAGUGGUAACUUACAGCGUCAUCAAGUUGCUCACUUUGGAAUUAAGGCGUACAACUGUGAUCAGUGUGGAAAAACUUUUGCUUGUAGUGGCCGCUUACAACGUCAUCAAUUUACCCACUCUGGAAUCAAGGCGUACAACUGUGAUCAGUGUGGAAAAACUUUUUCUUGCAGUAGCCACUUACAACGUCAUCAAGUUACUCACUCUGGAUUUAAAGCAUACAGCUGCGACUUGUGUGGAAAGUCUUUUAAUGAUCCUGGAAACUUGAAAAAACACCAACUCAUCCACAGUGGAGUUAAAUCGUACAUGUUAGCACCUUACGACAUCAUCAAGUUACUCACUCUGGAAUUAAGGCGUACAGCUGUGGCAUUUGUGGAAAAACUUUCAGGACCCUAG